GACACGACCUUUUCCUUAACCUGCGUUAGAUCUACAUAUAUUGGGAAGUAUUUAAACUCAACAAGAAACGGUUCUAAACACAAGCAAUUUUGUCUGAGGUGAACGAAGCUGGUGCUCUCCCCAGUUCUAGGGACCGACUAGAAGAAACAUGGGGGUUCCUCCAUUUGCCACAGCUUGUUUCAUCUUGUUUCUCUGUGUUGGUCAGAUGUCAGCCUUGGUGAUACCAAGGGAGGAAAUUGAAGCAAAUCAGGGUGCGUUGGAAGAGUUUUCACUGAACAUAAUCGAAGAUGGCACAAUGUUUGCCGAAAAGGUCGCAAUCAACGUAGAGAAAGAUUUGGAAUACUUCAAUGUUCCACCUCACAAUAAAGUCACAGAGGCGGUCGACUAUUUGUACGACUUUAAAGGGAAUAUUGGUAUCCGUCGCGUGAAAAGUAAAAAGGUUUGCCAUCUUGAACCACUCCCAGAAGACUUGCCGAGGCCAGCUGACCUGAAGAAUGAGUUACAAAUGCCAGAUGAAGCUCCUCCUUUCGAGGACAAGAUCAUUAAGCAUAAAUAUUGGAUUGUCACAGAGCAGGUUGAUAAAAGCCAACUGAGGGAAGAGGUGCAACAAUUUUGUGACAAGUUCCCAGUUUACCGCUUGUUGGAGGUUGACUUGAAUGCAACAUACGGAGAACGGACACGCUUUGGAAGGCAGAUCACAAACAUGCUAGAAAAGUUGAAUUCACUUACCUUUUGUCGCGAGUAUCAAAACACACCUUGCCGUCCUGAGGAGUAUGUUUUUCGAAUCAAAGUCUUGAAUAGCAAAAAGUGUACAUAUUGGUGGCUUAGUUGCAAAUUUAAUGAGCAGAUGAAAUUGGACGAUUGUAACAAAUGGCAUCAUCAGUUUAACAGCAUGGUCUGUUAUGAAGUCCAUUGCCCAGAUGCCACAACAGCAGCAACUUCAACAGUAUCCCACGGUAACAGCAAUGGAUUAUUAUAAUUCGAAAUUAGUUAUCAGUAAGUUAAAGAAGCAAGCCGUCACAACAUACACACUUAUAUAUCAGAUGAUGUGUAUGAUGACUUAAAAUAAGCUAUAAAUUCUUAUUAAAAAAAGUUAAAAUAAGAAGCACUAUGCUUCCGAACCUAGCCCAUAAUUGUAGAGUACAUUUUACGAACAUGUUAAAGACUGAUUUGUGUCAGUUCAAGCUCGUGUAACGAGUUAAAACUGAAAUAAAGCUAUUUUUUUCAUUUGA